AUGUCAUUUAUCGGGAGGACGGUAUCGGCGUUUGGAGCGUUAGACGACGCUCCGGGUGAGCGGCAUUCCGCCGCGGCCGAUACCGACGGCAUCCGAAACGCGUAUCAGACAGAACGCGCCGGCGGAGAUAAAAAGGCGAGGGGCAAACAAACAGACAGAGAGACGAGGACGAGGUUCAGCAUAUUGUUAUCGUCGCACUCUAAUUUUCAGUGUAGUGUAAACUCAAAAGAUCUGGCGCUGCGACAACAUCAACGGCCGCCUUUGUGCCUCGGCGGGAACAAAAAGGGACCUUUUGUUGGGAGAUUGGACGGAUUUUCGCGAUUA